AUGCCAAAGUGCAAAUCUCCGAUGAAGUCUCGUCAACGUAUUGACACUGACGAGUACAAUGAAGUAUGUCAGGAAUCUGACAACUUUAUUAAAAUCGCAGAACGUCAGCUCAUCGCUACAAUGUCGAUGACUGGCGAUGAAAAAUGCAUUACUGCAUUCGAAUGGCAAAACAAGUGUCAAAGAUAUAAGAAUAUUUUUAGAAAAUUUUUGCAUAGGUCAGAUUUCUCUUCUUCUCAAAGAUCUAGAUGUUUAAAUUUAAGCCAGAAAUUGGAAUACUUGCGUUGCCAUUUUGAUGCUGUAAUGAAACGCGGUGCGGGUGUGCAAGUAGCGAAUGAGAGAAUGACAUGGGUGGAUUUUGAUGAAGCGUUUGACGGUAGAUUACAAACUAGUGCUGUAAUGAAUUUAGAUUACAUGGAUAUUAAUGAAUUCCUUGACGAUGCCUUUAGUUUAUUUCAAGUGAAUAUUCAAAAAGCUUUAAAUAGGUAUGGUCCGAUAAAAGUUUAUACUGUAUUGGGCGCGAAGUUUAUUAAAGAUUCAGUCAACGGUAUAGAAAAGUCUGAAUUGAAAACUUUUAUUGCGAAAACAGAAGCAAUUUUAUCGACAACCCCGUUAGAUGAGUGGUACAAUGUUAAUAUUAAACAAGUUACCUUAAAAAGAAUUGAAGAAUUCCAACAGAAAGAAUCUAAUUGGAAACUUAAUUCUAUUGAAAGGUUGGAGGUUAACAUUAACAAGUACAACCCUAUGCGUGCAAGUUCUUAUAUCAAUUUGCCAUCUGCUAUCAAUCGAAAACAUGCUUGCAUUAAUGUUAAAAAUUUUGAUAAUCAGUGUUUCAAAUGGGCAAUAUUAUCUUCUUUGCACCCAGUUGAAAAGAACGCUGAACGAGUUUCAAAGUACAAGUCUUAUGAAGGUGAAUUGAAUUUUACUGGAAUUAAGUUCCCUGUCUCCCUUAAUGAUAUUUUUAAAUUCGAAGCUUUGAACAAUAUUUCCGUCAACUUGUAUGGUCUUGUUAAAAGAGAUGAAAAGUUUACAGUUUCACCUCUUCAUCUUUCAUCUCAAAAGAAGAUAAAUCACGUCAAUCUUCUUCGAAUUGAAGAUCAUUAUAUAGAUGAAAAUCUAAGUGAAGAUGAUGAUGAUGAAAAUGAAAUACCUCUCAUCUCUUUUAACUAUCAUUACGUCUGGAUAAAGGAUUUAUCUAGACUUGUCAGUUCAGACUUAUCAAGGCAGAAGAAUAAGAAAUACAUUUGUGAUCGCUGCUUACAUUAUUUCCUUGAUCAAGAAAAGCUUACUGAACAUGAGGAGAAUUGUAGAAAAAUGAACAACACAAGAAUCAAAUUACCCAAAAAAGGUCAAAAUACAGUUGAGUUUAAAAAUUUUCAAAAUAAGGAGCGUGUGCCCUUUAUUAUUUAUGCUGAUUGUGAAAGUCUUUUAAUUCCUUCAGCAGUACCCCAAGAAGAAACCAAUACUGAAGUCUUCCAAAAUCAUAAAACACUUAGUAUUGGCUACUAUUUAAAAUGUAGUUUCGAUGACUCUUUGUCUGUGUACAAAGCAUCACCCAGAGAUGAUGAAAAUCCAGCUAAAUGGUUCUCUAAAGAAUUAAAGAACUUGGCUGAUGAUUUAGAUUCCAGAUUUAAAAAUCCAGUUCCUAUGGAAACAUUAAGUCCACAGCAAAUGGCAGCCUUUAGAAAUGAUAAUACAUGUCAUAUUUGUAAAAAGAAAAUUGCGCAUGGGGAAGUAAAAGUAAGAGAUCACUGUCAUCUAACAGGGAAGUUUCGUGGACCCGCACACCAAGAUUGUAACAUUAAUUACCAUGAAUCGCAAAUCAUACCUGUCGUUUUUCAUAACCUCAGUGGUUAUGAUGCUCAUUUUAUUAUUGAUGCAAUUGCUACCGAAUUUGAAGGUAAUGUUAAUCUGCUUCCCAUAAAUAAAGAAAAGUAUAUUAGCUUUACUAAAAAUGUUAAAGGUAGUUAUCUAAAAUUUCGUUUUAUUGAUUCUUUCAAGUUUAUGGCAUCAUCAUUGGACAAGUUAGCAUCCUAUCUUGACGAAUACAAAAUUGUAAAUUCCGUAUUUUCCAAUUACAGUGAUGACAAAGUUAAAUUGUUAACGCGAAAAGGAGUUUUUCCCUAUGAGUACAUUGAUUCAAGGGAAAAACUCGAUGAAACUCAGUUACCGCCGAAAGAAAAAUUUUACAGCACUCUAAACGAUUCGAAUGUUUCAGAUGAAGAUUAUGCACAUGCGCAGAAAGUAUGGAGUGAAUUUAAUUGUAAAAAUUUAGGUGAUUAUGUGUAUUUGUACAUGCAAACCGAUAUAUUGUUACUCGCGGAUAUCUUUGAAAAUUUUAGAAAUGAGUGUUUAUUAGCAUAUGGCCUUGAUGCAGCACAUUACUAUACAACACCUGGACUGACAUGGGAUGCCAUGUUAAAGUACACGAAUAUAAGUUUGGAACUCCUCACAGACAUUGAUAUGGUCAUGUUUAUCGAACGUGGGAUAAGAGGUGGGAUUAGUCAGUGCACAAAUCGGUACGCGAAAGCUAACAAUCCUUACAUGGAGAAUUUCAAUGAAAGUGAGGAGACAUCUUACAUCGUGUACUUUGACGCAAACAAUUUGUAUGGCUGGGCUAUGGUUCAGUCGCUGCCCUAUGGUGGUUUCAAGUGGGAAGAAAAUGUAAAUAAUGAUUUUGACUUUAAUGUUCCUGAUGAUGGUCCAAUUGGUUAUAUCUUGGAAGUUGAUUUGGAUUAUCCAGAUCAUCUUCAUGAUAAACAUAGCGAUUUUCCAUUUUGUCCAGAACGCUCGAAGCCACCAGGGUCAAAAGAGCAGAAGCUCCUAACUACCCUCCUACCUAAAAGAAAGCACGUUCUCCAUUAUCGUGCCUUAAAACAAGCUAUUGCCAACGGUCUUAUAUUAGUUAAAAUCCAUCGUGUACUAAAAUUCGAACAAUCCACAUGGUUGAAAAGUUACAUAGACUUUAAUACCAUGCGGAGAACAAAUGCCAGUAAUGAAUUUGAGAAAAACUUGUUCAAAUUAAUGAACAACGCAGUAUUUGGCAAAACAAUGGAGAACGUGCGAAAACAUGUUGACAUUAAACUUGUGACAAAGUGGGAGGGUAGAUAUGGAGCUGAAGCCCUCAUCUCCAAACCUAACUUCCACAGCAGAACCAUCUUUAAUGAAAACUUGGUGGCUGUGGAACUUAGAAAAAUGGAGGUUCUAAUGAACAAACCACUUUAUAUUGGUCUGUCUAUGUUGGAUGUUUCGAAAACGUUAAUCUACGAUUUCCAUUAUGAUUAUAUGUUGAAAAAGUAUGAUGUAAAGAAUUUAAAACUAUUGUACACCGACACUGACAGCCUGAUUUACGAAAUUAAAUGUCCUGAUAUUUAUGCAGAUAUGAAUGUCGAUAUCCACAAAUUUGAUACUUCCGAUUAUCCAGCAAAUAAUAUUUACGGUAUUCCGCAAGCCAACAAAAAAGUUUUAGGUCUGAUGAAGGAUGAAUGCUGUGGAAAAAUUGUUACUGAAUUUGUUGGCUUGCGGAGUAAAAUGUACAGUGUGCGAGUGGAAGAUCAAGAUUUUAUUAAAAAAGCAAAAGGUGUGAAAUCCGCAGUUGUAAAGAAAACUAUUACCUUUGAUGACUACACAUAUUGUUUACGAAAUAUUAAAAUGCAAUCGCGAAUUCAAUAUUGUAUCAGAUCGAAACUUCACAAUGUUCAAACAUUAAAACAAACAAAAAUAGCUUUAAGUCCUUACGACGAUAAAAGAUUUCUGUUAUCCAAUAGUACCGAUACCCUAGCAUGGGGACAUUAUAAAAUUAGACAAAUUAAUGAUGAAGCUAUGGAAUUGUAA